UUUUGCAGGAUAUCUAUCACACGUGUCACGGCAGAUAUAUCAUUAGCUAAGCGGUCUGUUCUCAACAACCCCAGUAAGAGGGCCAUCAUUGAAAGAUCCAACACUCGCUCCAGUUUAGCUGAGGUUCAAAGUGAGAUUGAGAGGAUCUUUGAGUUGGCCCGCUCCCUGCAGCUGGUGGUGCUGGAUGCUGACACCAUCAACCACCCAGCCCAGCUCCUCAAAACCUCCCUGGCCCCCAUCAUCGUCCAUGUUAAGGUCUCCUCGCCAAAGGUCCUGCAGAGGCUAGUUAAGUCCAGAGGAAAGUCCCAGAGCAAACACCUGAAUGUCCAGCUUGUGGCGGCAGACAAAUUGGCCCAGUGUCCUCCGGAAAUGUUUGACAUCAUCCUGGACGAGAACCAGCUGGAGGACGCUUGCGAGCAUCUCGCGGAAUACCUCGAGGCCUACUGGAAAGCAACCCAUACCUCGAUGGCAACACCCCUAAACCCCCUGCUGGGACGCAAUCUGGGCCCCACCACCCUCACCCCCUACCCCACCAGCAUCUCUGGACUGCAGCAGAGUCAAAGAAUGCGACAGAGCAACCACACGGGAGAUCACUCUACCCCGAACGAACGACGCAACCUGAUGACAUCAGACGAAAAUUACCACAACGAGCGGGCACACAAGGGACGCAACCGCAUGUCGUCUGGCUCGCAGCAUAGCCGAGAGCAGCAGGACCCCUACCAGGACUACCAGGACCCCUAUCAGGAUGCCUACAAGCCACAUCGCAAUCGCAGUUCACCGGGCAGCUACAGCCAUGACUCCCGGCACCGGCUCUGAGCCCACUUCUAUCACCACCGGGGCCCAAAAGGGCCAGAUUCCACCCAAAAUAAACGCUGCAACAGAGCCAAGAAGGUCCCAAAUUGUACCUUUUUGUUUUGGUUUGCAUCCAUUUGUUUUGUCUGCCUGGGUAUUUUUCUCUUUCAAAGUCAAACAAAGUCACGUUCAGGUGUUUGUUUUGAAUCAAGCUGCCAGGGCAACCCCGUCAAUCAACAGCGCGAGUAGUCAGGAGGUUCAGGGUACCAACAUUAACUCAUGCUGUAAAAUGAAUUCCUUUAUUUUAUGUUACUGGGACCUUUCGGGAUUGUACUAACACGAUGCUCAGCACAAGUGCGGCGCAGAUUGCGCUUGUUGCCUGUGUCGGCAAGCUAAUUAUGGAUAGUGGUCAGAUGGCGAUGGUGUAUGGGCUUCUAAGUGCCUGGGACAUCGCAGCAGGUCGGAGGGAGGUCCACUGCACACAGACUGCUGAAGGCUGCUGACCCAUAUCCUGGGCCAUGUAUAAAUCCUCUCACCAUUUAGCUUAUUGCAUGCUGAUAGAUGAUCAACCCUCCGCAUCCACUUCAUUGAUAUUUUGUACCUAGCAUUCUGGAUUCUCCCAUGACGAGGUGUAGAUCGGGAGGUCCAAUUUUCUAAAUCACCUGAUCGUGGAUAGGCGGUAGGUGCUGGGUUUGUGGUGGGGCAUGCAGAUGAUAUCUGGCUGCUAGUUUGAAAACUGGUGCUUCACAUUCCCAAACUAUUUUGCUAUUUGAAAGUCACUUUGAGCAAGGCCAGCUUUUCUGUAGCAUAGCUUUAGUAUUUCAUUUGGGUGAAGACCCUCACCGUCAUAAGCAGAGCGGGUUCUGAUGGUGCUGGGGUCAGAUCUCAGUUACACUGUAGGGGAUAGCAAUAUUGCUUCUGUUCUAAACAGCAAGCACUUAGAGAGUUAGAGAAGGAAAGAGCUGUGACAGUCCGUCGGAUAGUAUAGUGAAAUACAAUAGCAAAUUACUACUUGAGAUAUAGUUGAUGUUGUUGAGAUGUGGACCAGCAUAAAAACAAAUGCUGUGAAACCUUUUGAGCAGUUCGGGAUGUUCUGUCUGAUAUUCUUGCCCCUGCCAACAUGAAUAAUUAGAUUGGAAAUUGUUUUUUUUUUUUUUCUUUCUUUUUUUUCUUUUGUUUGUUAGACCUAAAGGAGCAUCUGCUGCUGAAGCUACAGGUUGUUUGGCAUUUACUAGCAAUGAAAUCAAAGUUCCUCAGAGGUGAAAACAAACAUACAGACGUUGGUUACCAAGUCACGAAAUUGGUGAAUCGCUAUCAAAGUUCCUUCUGUUGGUUUUAGGGGAUUAAAGCAUUAAAAAUGUGACAUGGCAGGAUUGGUUGCAUCAUGUUCAUUCUCUGUGUAGCUGGCAUGUUGUCCUGACUGCAGAGCAUGUUCCCUCCAAACGUAAAAUAGAACCCUACUGUAAUCAAGUUGAUGUUUGUAGAAGUAUAGGGCACCUUUCACCAAAAGAAGAAGAAAAAAGGUGAGAAAAAAAAAGAAAAAGAUGACCCAAAUAGCAGAUGAAUGAAAUCUCUGGAACCCUGAGGUUUGUUACUAAAUACACUGAAAAGGCACACCGCAAACUUAAGGUGUUGGUUUAUGUCAUUCAGAGAGGGUUUCGGUGGAUUGCAUGACUCAUGUGAGGGGGCAUCACGAUGAUAAUAGCCUCUGUUAAUUCAGAAUUUUGUUAUAUGGUGGAAAGUGCACUGAAGAAACUGUCAAACAGUGAUAUAGCCCCCAGCCCUCACAAAAGAAAAGAAAAAACUGUUGAGCAAUUGUUUACCUAACAAACAUGGUGCUUGAGUGAAAGCAGAGAGCUGCUGUGGUUUCUGAUAAUGAUAUUAAGGUUUGUUAUCAUUAUCAUAGUACACUGUACAAAUAUUAUUCUUUUAAGAUAUCAAACUGUCUUAUGAUUAUGACUCAACUAUCUUCUUUUCAGAUAACAAACAGCAGUAGCUAAUCAAUUUUAAGCCUGAAAACAGUCUAUAAAUUCAUACUUUCUGCUAAACAGAAGAAUAAAUUGAACUAGAAGUCAGUUUUUUUUUUUUUCUUCUUGUGAUCACAACUUAAAUGUCUUGUCUGUGUCGUUCCACUUAUCACUGAGAGAAUGAGGGCAUCAGGAAAAAUGAAGCACCGUCAUGUUAUCUUGAAACUAUGAGAUAGUUGAGUCGUUAUCUGGGAGAACUGUUAGAACAAAAUUUAGUAUCUCAACAGUUUGUAGUAUAAAGAUAACAAGAUAAUAAGGCUUAUAAAAUUUUGGCUGCUCUGAGACUCCAUAGCCUUGGCAGGCUGAGGAAAAUAGGGAUAUG